AAUUCUUUCAUACAUUGGUAUAAAUAUACGGCCGAUUGUCGGGCAGAUGAUAUCAUUAAUCCACAAAUUACAUCACAAUAAUCAACCUCAUCUCUCACAGUCAUGGAGGAUUUUGAGUGCCACAAACACGCAAUGCGAGCACGCUACCGGUUCGCGACCCCAUGGCCGCGCCUCCAAUCGCAAUCACCGAACGACCUCCGGUUCGAGUUUUACUGGAAGACGAUGCACCUCUAUUACAGCUUCCCGGAGGACGGAUCGCCGCCGCAGCUCGUCCGCACCUUCACCUAUCCGUGGCGGGUCGUCUCCGACCACAUUGACCGCCGCGCCUUCGCGGCGAACGACGAUUACUCGCGGCUGGCGGUGAUCCGCCUGCUCCAGCACUGCAAGUCGUGGUGGGACGGGAGCGUAGUCGACUGGAUCGUAUCGGUGGCGCGUCAGAUUGUCGCGGCGAACGAGGGGUGCGGCACAGUGGUGCUCGGGAUGGCAGGGGGUCGGGUCCACGCGUGCUACGAGAGCGUGUUGGUCAGCGGCGUAUUGGGCCGGUCGUUCGAGGAGGGGAAUGUGGGGAUGCGGCCCGCUAGCAAGUGGGCUAUUGAUUCGCUGGAGAGAGUCUGUUUCGGCGAGGACGAGGAGGAGGAGGAUUACGGCGGCGGCGGCGGGGAAUUCCAUUGUUCGGUGUGUAUGGAAGAUGAAGAUCUGGGGUGGGCGUGCAGAGAAAAAGGGGUGUUGAAGAUGCCCUGUUCUCAUCUGUUUCAUGGAGAUUGUAUCAUUCGGUGGCUAAACGCCAGCCAUUACUGCCCGAAUUGCCGGUUUGAGAUGCCAGUUCAGAGUAUAUUAUACUCGUAAUUUACAGUAUCAGUGAUUCAGUAGUUUUAUAACAAAUUUGUAUUAGGUCGGUAUAUGGUAAUUUAAUACUAUACAUGGACGUCGUACUUAUUAUUUAUCCAGCUCGAUCAAUCCAAGAAAUCUGGGUAUGGGACUUUGGGUCAUAAUCGAAUUUGGUGUUUCAAUUUCUUGCUGCCAUGGAUUUACGGUUACGUUGAUUAUGAAGAUUUUGGAUAUUUUUUGUUGGUUUGUUUAAU